GUCUGAAACUAGGUGGAAGCAGGACUCCCGCAGCGCUAGAGCUUAGAAACACAUACGACAUUCAGUCGCAUUACCAUAAGACAGGCGUCCAGCAAUUGCGAGCGCUGUCAGACGCCUAAUAUCUUUCCAAGUGGAAGGGACACUGCUCCAUAGCGCCCCCAGCCAUGAUAUCCCGCUUCACUAAAGCUUUCGUCGCCAUAAUCCUCGCUCUGUUCCUCAUCUCCUCGCUCGCCCUUCUUCGCCCGCCAACGCGCACGUACAUAGACUCCCUGACGGGCGACUUCUUCGGCGAGGGCGGGGUUGAGCACGACCUGCACCCGCCACCAUUGACUUCGGGAGCAUCCCUUGAGGUCGCGAAGGGCGGUGUGAUCAUGGGCAAGCUGGGUAACGAGACCGCCAAGGCUGCGCUCGGUCGGGCGACGUGGAAGCUACUACACACGAUGACGCUACGCUACCCCGAGAAACCGACAGAAGACGAGAAAGACGCGCUGAAGUCCUAUUUCUACCUCACGUCUCGGCUCUACCCCUGCGGGGAGUGCGCCGCCGAGUUUCAGCAACUCUUGCGCAAGUUCCCUCCGCAGGUCUCAUCGCGCAGAGCAGCAGCAUCCUGGCUCUGCCACCUCCACAACCAAGUGAACACGCGACUCCACAAGCCGCAAUUCGACUGUGCCCAUCUUGACGCGACGUACGACUGCGGGUGCGGCGACGAGCCGGUAUCCAACCCCACCCCCGCCGCGGAAGACCCGAUGGAUCUCGAGGAGGAGGUGGGGACGGGGCGGGACCGUGUCACCGGCGCGGGGCUGAUCAAGGGCGGUCGAUGA